AUGGAACAUAAAUUAUUAAAGGUUUCUUUCCCCGUCUUGGAGGAAUUGAAAAUUCAGAAAUUGCCUAACAUAAUAGAGAUAUGGGACAAGCAAUUACUCAUAGCCUCAGAAGAAGAAUCAAAGUCCUUCUGCCAACUGAAAGAUAUGACGGUUUCUAAUUGUAAGAAAUUGGUACAUGUGUUCCAGUUCAAUAUGCUCUCACGACUGCAAAAUCUGGAAACAUUCAACGUAGAUGAUUGUCCAAAGAUGGAAGCGAUAGUCUCAGAGAAAGGGAAAGAAGGAACCACCAGUAAUGAUAUCAUCGUGUUCUCUCAAUUAACAACUCUAAAACUAUCUGAGUUGGUGAGCCUUAAAAGUUUCUACAACUGGCCUACAAGAUUUGAAGUACAACCAUUGUUCAACAACAAGGUUGCUUUCCCCGUCUUGGAGGAUUUGGAAAUUGAGGAAUUGCCUAACAUAAUAGAGAUAUGGGACAAGCAAUUAGUCAUAGCCUCAGAAGAAGAAUCAAAGUCCUUCUGCCAACUGAAAAAUAUGAGGGUUUCUAAUUGUGGGAAAUUGGUACAUGUGGUCCUGUUCAAUAUGCUCUCACGACUGCAAAAUCUGGAAACAUUCAACGUAGAUGCUUGUCCAAAGAUGGAAGCAAUAGUCUCGAAGAAAGGAAAAGAAGAAGGAUCCACUAGUGAUGAUAACAUCGUGUUCUCUCAAUUAACAACUCUUCAUCUUUCUAAGUUGGUGAGACUUAAAAGCUUCUACAACUGGCCUACAAGAUCUAAGGCACAACCCUUGUUCAACCACCAGGUUGCUUUCCCCGUCUUGAAGGAUUUGAAAAUUCAGGGAUUGCCUAACAUAAUAGAGAUAUGGGACAAGCAAUUACUCAUAGUCUCAGAAGAAGAAUCGAAGUCCUUCUGCCAACUGAAAGAUAUGACGGUUUCUAAUUGUAAGAAAUUGGUACACGUGGUCCAGUUCAAUAUGCUCUCACGACUGCAAAAUCUGGAAACAUUCAACGUAGAUGAUUGUCCAAAGAUGGAAGCGAUAGUCUCGGAGAAAGGAAAAGAAGGAACCACCAGUAAUGAUCUCAUCGUGCUCUCUCAAUUAACAACUCUUCAUCUAUCUGAGUUGGUAAGCCUUAAAAGUUUCUACAACUGGCCUACAAGAUCUGAAGUACAACCGUUGUUCAACCACAAGGUUUGA